AUGGGAACAGGAUUCACAAUAUUCCCCCCUACCCCGGGAUACUUCCGAAGCCCUUAUGCUACACAGUCAAACUGUAGUCCCUCCCCAUCUAUCAUACUAGACGAUGAGCCCCACCCCGCAAGCCAACCUCGACCUAACAACAUACCUCUGCUCCAGGAAUCUGAAUGGGAGAAAGACAAGAUAUAUGACGAGGAUCCGGCAAGCUGUAUCCACUAUUUCAUAGAAUGGCGAGUCACUCUCAAUAACAAGGCCGUGGUAAAGGACACGGAAGAAGAUCUGGUAUUGGCCCCGAGCGCCUACUGGCGGUUGUUUCUAGAAGACAAGCUACAAACCGUCCUUCGAGAGAAGGUCUCCCGCAACAAGAGGGUCAGGGUCGAUGACACUGCGAUUGUCGUGUCGGUCAAUGACCGUUCCCAACGUGAUCUGACCAAGCGCUUCAACAAAACCGAUAUUGUUUGGGCUCCUAUCGAGAAACAGCUCCGGAUGUGGUCGAGUCAUUUUUGUCGUGGAAAGAGACUCACGCUGAGGGUUUGUUUCAACUACGUAGAGGAUUGUGCUUCUCCAUCCGCUGGACGGAAAGGGGAAAAGAGAGGUAAAUCUUCCGUCACACGGAGGAUGCUUGACGUCCGAGAUGUGCAGCUAGAUGCCGAAGAAAAUGCAUGCGGACAACAAGCAAUUUGGCGGCGCGUUUAUGACUUGAUGAAAUGUGAUUCAGCUGCAUGCCACUUGGGCCCCUACUGCUGGCUAGAUCCAAGGGGUAAGAAGCAUUAUCGACUCCGAACGCAAACUCUCAGGCGUCUGGUUACCUAUGUCGAGAAAGGUGGUGUCCUGGAGACGCACAAAGACGUUCCAGAUGAAAUCCGGCAUGAGCUCUACAUGGAGGAUCAGCAGAAGCAAGAGAAAGAAAAGCGCAAAGGCGGUAACAUUCUCGGCGGUGAAACGCCGUAUCCGCCUAUCAACAUCAAUGUUCACCCGUCACACUCUCCUGGAUUGGCCACAACGGCUCCGGCUGUUGAUUCAGCGGGGCUGAAAGAUGUGGUUUCAUUCAAGAUUCCCGGGUUCAAAGACGUAGCUGUCAAAGAAUACGGUGAGUGGCUUGCAUCAAAUGUAUCCAAUGAUACUCUCAAGGCUGGAUUCCGACAAGCGUGCGAUAUAACGCUGUCAGAUGGCUUUGAACUUGAGCACAUCUACAGGGAUCAAAAUCCAGAAUUCUUCGUCAGCAAGGGAAUCAAGCCCGGCAUUGCCCGAAGUUUCGUAGAGAAUAUUCGUGACUGGGCUGAGAACGUGAAGAAAGGAAUACCCGUUAUUGAAAUGGUAUAG